AUGGGACUAAGCGCGCAGAAGACGUUCAAGAAGCAGGUGAACAAUCUGGUUGAUGUAAUAAGGACGAUGGGGAACCCCUUUCUUGACGACUUCCCAGAGCUAGUUACACUGGACAGACGGGAUUGUAUGGAUGAUGCUGUAGCCGAGGCAGUAGUUAACCUUGAACAGCUUGGAAAGAAGCAGUACCAGGAUUUUGUGAAGGCAGUUAUAAAGGACAGAACGAUUUCAAUAACCAAUCCCAUCAAGAAGAACAAGCUUCCCCUUUAUGGCAAACGGCCGUCUCGCGCCAAAUCUAAGCAGUCGAAGACAAUCACAGCACUGCAGAAUAACGUCGCCCUUUUCGCGCAAUUGUAUAUAGCAAUGCAGAGUCGCGACGCUGACCUGGAGGAAUUCUUCAGCCACGAAGUACAGGGAUUCCCUCCCUCGUUAUCAGAAUUUGGCAACCUCCGUCUUCCGAAUGCGAAGUCCGAACUGAUGAAGUGCAUCAUCCAGCCGCAACAGCCCGAGCCUCCACCCACGUUUGAUUGCCGAAUAUGCGACGGAGCUGUUAUAGUCCAUUGUCUUCCGGUUACAGGAGCAAUCACCUUCGACGACUACGCCGACAAAGUUUUCAUACCAUAUCUCCGCGGUCAGGACAGCAGAAGAGUGGACGUUGUUUGA